UAAUACAAUAGGUAUGAAAUGAAUCUUGUGACAGAACAAGUACACAUUAGCAAUUUUGUUUUUAAUAUAUUUUGAAGAAUAUAAAUUAGUUUAUAAAAAACAUACCUUUUCAUUCUAACUUCGUCAACUAAACUGAAUAAUAUCGUACUAAUUCAAGCUGCUUUUUUAGAAGAGCAAGAGAUGGAUUUGAACUUCACUAGCAAGCCAGGGGAACAUACAAUUCCACUCGAUGUUAUCAAUGAUUUAAGCAGCCGAUUCAUUAUCAACAUUCCUGAAGAAGAGAGACGAGACCCAGUGAGGGUCCUGUUUCAGGUUGAACUCGCUCACUGGUUCUAUUUAGAUUUCUACUGUGCUGAAUCGUACCCAGUCAAGUUCAAACCUUGCAGCAUGAAAGAAUUUACAACUCACAUAUUCCAGCAUAUUCCUACGCUGCAACAGUACGUGAGCAACGUUGACGAGGUGAUCAGCACAUGGAAGGAGUACAAGCAGGCGGUGCCGACGUUUGGCGCCAUCCUACUGUCCCAGGACCUCACACAUGUGCUACUGGUGCAGAGCUACUGGGCUAAGAGCUCCUGGGGAUUCCCCAAGGGCAAAGUGAACCAGGACGAGGAGCCUCAUAAGUGCGCUGCCCGAGAGGUUCUUGAAGAAACGGGAUUUGACAUCAGUAAUCUUCUCAAUCAAAAUGAAUACAUUGAGGCUACAAUUCAUGAACAGCUGGUCAGGCUGUACAUCAUCCCUGGAGUACCUCUGGAUACAAAGUUUGAACCAAAAACAAGGAACGAGAUCAAGGCUGUGGAAUGGUUCCCAGUUUCUGACUUACCGAGCAACAAGAAAGACGUCACUCCGAAAGUGAAAAUGGGGGUGAACACCAACUCUUUCUUCAUGGUACUUCCUUUCAUCAGGAGGAUCAGAAAGUGGAUACAAGAAAGGCAGCAGAAGAACACACGAGGCAGACAGAGGUACAAGUCUAUGGGUGAGCUGGAGGUACGACCGAGGGAGAUGGAGGGGAUGCUGGGUAGCACCAGUGUCGGACCUAAAGCUAAGAGAAACACCUCGUCUAUGGUGCCGCAGGUGAACGCAACCGUCAAGUAUAUGUUCAGCAUGCUUUUACAAAUUGAACAGUGUCGCCGAUUUGGAAUGACGAUAACAGAAAUAGACACUUCAAGACAGACUCCGCAAGCAGUCAAAUCUUCUUGCGCGUCUCCUCCUCGUAAUUCCGGCCGCAAGGAACGCAAGCAGAACACAAAGGCAAGAAAGCAGCUGUUAGCCAAUCAAGAUGGAGAAAGAUCCAAACCAGUCAAAAAUGGUACUAAAAAGUUACCGAACGACCCACUGCCACUUGACUUUAAGGCACCGUCAUGGAUGAACUUCAAAUUCAAUCGUCAAGCGAUUCUGCAAACAUUGGGUUGAUUGUGAGCUAGAAAAGUUCCAUUUGAGGUAUUAUUAAUUUAUAUUAUCCAAGAAAUUUGAUUAUUCUAAACACAUUUAUCCUAGAAAAUGUUGUCAAUUUGAAAUUAUCUACACUAUUGUUGAACAAUUCUGUUUUUAUUUAGUAUUUAAUCUGCACUUGUUUUAAUCAAAUAUAUUUUAAAGGUAUUAUAACAUAUUACCUUAAAACGGGAAAUAUUUUAUUAUUAUAGAUUCAUUACAAUGGAGGUGAAUUAAAAUGAUUGUUGGAACAGUUAUGUUUUAAUUGUUUAAUUUAGUCUAGUUGAAAUAUGGCAAUCAUUGUUGAUUUUAGGAA